AUGCUUGCCGCUCCCGCCGCUGCCGUUUGCCAUGACAUGAAGCCUAGCAGGGCUGGAAACCCGCUUCCUGUUAUCUCCCAGCAGCCGCGCGGUCUGCGCACCAUGACCCUCGUCCCCCCUACGAAGGCUGAAAGCGCUCAGGAGCAAGCGCAAGCAGCCCGCCUGCGCGGUGGCCGCCGCGGCUGCUUUUUGGGCAAUAUCAUGUGUGUCUAA